AUGUUGCGUUUCGCUCGCGGCCUCUGCUCCUGCCUAUGCUGCCGUAGUCGUGUCCUCGCCGUUGCGGCCCCCUCCGCACCGAACAACGGCCGACUCGGCGAAGGCAUCACGCAUCGCACCGUCUUCAUGAACGACAUCAACAUGCACGUUUCGGAAAAGGGUGACGAGCCGGUUGUCCUCCUCCUCCACGGCUUCCCGGAGCUGUGGUACACUUGGCGUCACCAGAUGCACCGCCUCGCCGCGCUAAGGUAUCGCACCGUCGCGCCCGACCUCCGCGGGUUCGGCGACACCGAGGCCCCGGCCGAGUACAACAAUUACUCCAUUUUCCAUAUUGUCGGCGAUCUGAUUGAGCUUAUUGAUAACCUCGUGAGUGCACAUCAUGUGUUUGUUGUGGGGCAUGACUGGGGUUCAAUGGUCGCGUGGAAUUUGAGUAUGUUCCGGCCGGACAAGGUGAGGGCGAUGGUGAAUCUGAGCCAAGCCUUCACCCCUCGGAAUCCAACAAGGAAGUCACUUGAGCACUUGCGGUCUGCAUUCGGAGAUGAUUACUACAUCUGUAGGUUCCAGGUAUCAAUUCGUCGCUUCAAUAUCGAUAAGUUUCUUGUUCAUGCCCUUCUAUUCAAUAUUGCCAAGUUAUUGUUCACGCCUAUCCAUUCGAGUUUCAAUGUUGCCAAGUCAGUCCCCAGGGCGUAG